GCAUCAUUGAUGUCGUGAAUCGAGUUGAUACUAUGCGAAUAGAAGAGCCGAAUAAAUUCAAAAAAAAUCUAGCAAAAUGUAUUUAGCAUUGAAAUUGAAAUGCACAAAAAACCCCGGUACAUCUAGCACAAAUGUUGCAUUUCAUUUCCAAGAGACGUGUCCAUAGUAAAACCGAAUAUUGGGCCCUUUAGCCUACCCAUAGUUUAGAAAAAUGUUCGGCGGUAAGUUACGUGCCUGGAUGGAAGCUGUACGGCCUAAAAAGAAACAACAUAGAAAAGAAAAACAACGCAAAAAUACAACACCUAUUAAAGAUGGGCCUAGUCAUGGUCAUGUUACAUGGAAAACUGGUGGCCUUUUAGAGAGUGAAGAAAAGGAAUCAAAGAGAGAUUCAUCGCCGAGUAGAUACGUUGGUAAAUCGAAAAAACACAGUACUAGCGAUUCUCAUAAUUCUAGAUAUUCAGCAGUCAAUCUCUCUUCACCUGAAUCAGCCUAUUCUACUGGCUAUAGUACCGAUGCUACUUCACCAGGAGGUGUGCCACUGGAUUAUUUAGUGAAUACCGGUGCCAAAAAAAAAACAGACACAGCUUUGCAAAAUAGACUCUCACCACAUCCUCAUAGAAAUUCUAGGUCACCCAAAGCUGGAAAAUGUAAGAGUUUUUCGGAACAAACACCAAUACAUUCUUCAGUAUCGCCAAACAAAAAUGUCAAGGACCAAGCACAUUUGGAAGAGAAAGAUGAAAUUAUUAUAGCUAACUCUCAAGCAAUUUUUGGAAAACUCCCAGAGCCGACAGCUCUUAUGUCUCCUAGACAGAGAAAUAGAAUCAGAACAAAUCCGUGGCUUCCUGGAGGAUCAAACAGUGCAGUAGCUAGCCCGAUGCCCAUAAAAAAAGAUGCUAAAUAUACACCCACCUCACAUAAGAAGAUUAGAAAUAGCCCUAUUCAAUAUAGAUACCUAAGCCCAGUAACACAUAGAAAAUCUAUAUCUUCAUCAUCAUGUUCUUCGCUCAGCGCUGCUCAAACUCAUUCUUUUGAGCACAGAUAUCCCAAGUCACUAAGCGACGAGGAUGAUUGUACUUUGAAUGAAAUGAUGGGUAAAUAUGAUGAGAGUUAUGUGUAUGAAAAAGAAACCGACAUACUUAGCGAUAGUGACCCAACGGACUGUGAAAGUGAUAUUGAUACUGGUCAAGAUGGUGGCGACGAAGAAGAAAACGGAGAUGAAGAAUUUGAUUUUAUUGAUAAUGGUUCCAAUGUAGAAGUGGAUUAUGUCACUGGUAAUACUGGUCAUUGCAUGUAUAUAAUGCCAUAUAUAAAAUUACGAAGGUCUUCAAGGAGACGCACUACAAAAAAGGUUAAAGAGUCAAGCAGCAAAAGGCGUAGGUCAACUUCGAAUAAGAAAAAUCAUAAGGGUCAUCAUGAGAUAAUCAGGCAUUCAAGUUUACAUCAAGAUGGUUCUAAAAGUGCAGGUGCAACUCCAUUAUCAAUUCGAAAAUCUAUUCUGAAAUCAAGUCAGCCAAAAAUAGAAGAAGAAUACGUAAAGAAACGGUCAAAUUCAGUAAGUCUCCAAAGAGAUGUUACGACUUUCAUUAUUGAUAAAAGCGAUAGAGAAGCAGAUAUGAAAUAUAAAGAGCUAAUUGGCCAAGCUGAACAAAUAAUAAGAACUAUGAACAUAAACGACCCAUCUCCAAGAAGGGUUCCCGGACCAACAAAUAAAAGGGUUGAAUUAUUAAGAUCUGCCGAAUGCAGCAAACCUGAAGUGCCAUUUAUGAGCAGGACUAACGAUGAGUUAUUAUUACCAAAUUCUAAUAUUGCUCCGUCCACGCUUAGUUAUAAGAACACCCGAUUUAGUCCUAAGAAGAAUCAUAUAACAAACUUUAUUAUCAACCAAUCACCUGUUCCUGUUCGUAAGGAACCUCAGGCGGGACAUUCACCACUUCCUCUCAGAAGAAUGUUAACAGAAGAAGGUCAUCAAUCACCACGCGGAGUGAGAAAACAGUAUGAUCAAUUAACUGCAGAUAUGUUUUAUGAGAAUCCUCAAGCAUCGGAAUAUGACGUUAAUCCAUAUGCAAUAUCAUUGAAAAUAAAUCCCAACGAUCAUUGUUUAAGUUCUCCUGUCAGUUCGAGAAAAGUUGUAUCACCUAAAAGUAUUUUGCACAAACCAGAAUCAUAUCGUACAGCAGAUUUAUUAAGUCCCAGGAACCGGCAAGCGAUCGUAUUUGAUGUUGAUAGUAGCAGCUCGGAAGAGGACGGGUUCAAAAAGAAUAAACAAUUGUCCAACAGUUGCCCUCAAAGCGAACCAAUGCCCAGGAAAAAAUACAGUGGCAAAUCUGUAGCAUUUAAUCUAGGCGAAGAUCCGCCUGAAAAUAGAGUAGGAAGUUCAGAAAACUUAAGACAGCAAUUUUUAUUGAACACUAUGCACAGUUUAAAAAGAAAUUUGGAAGAUCAUUCGGCUUCUUUGCAGUAUACUUACAGCAGUAGUUCGCAGAAUAUGUACCUAUAAGUAACUAAAAAAAUUAUUAAAGUUGGCAUUUGCAUAUUAACACAGCCCGUCCCUAUCGAUAUUUGAUAUUAAGAGAUUUAUUGAUUUAUAUUAUUUACUCUCAUUAUCGAAUUUAAUAAAAUAUGCUUCCCGGCUUUUGCGCAUAAUUCCCACGUCAAUAUUAAUAUUGUUUUUAUAUUGAACUUUUUAUAAAUAAAAGUAAGUAUACUAAUUUUGCCUAAUAAAAACUGACAAUUAGCACAAUAAUGUGAAACAUAUAUUUUUGCAAAAAAAAAAUUGUUUAGAAUGAAAUAAAGGACCCUUUUAUAAGAAGCAGGGGUAAAAGAUAUUAUACCUAUAGUAUUUUUAUUGCGUUAAGAUAAACUGAAAGCACAAGUAAUUAAUUUUCAGUAGGAAUGUAUUUUUUGAUUUUAAGUAAUCGGAUGUAUAAGACAUUUUUGUUGUAAUAACAGACAGUAUUUAGUUUUAGAAAACUAACUCGGACUUAGUACAUAUAUUUAUCAUCUAAAAACCUUAUAUUAUUUGUAGAUAGCAACCAUAGAGAAAGAUACAUGAUAAACCAAGGUGUGAGUUACCGAUUCAUAUGCGCCUAGUGGCAACGUAUUUCUUGUAGCACAUGGUGUCAUGGUGUUGCUAGCAUAGCUUGGAACUAACUGACAAUUUUGACAUCGCCUCCCAUUCUUAUACUUAUCUCUUUUUAACAGAUGCAGAAAAAGAGGACAGAGGGUUUUUUUAUUUAUUGUACGUUGUGAUUUCUAAUCUAAGAAAUUAGGAAAACAAAGAAGAAACAAGAUUUUUUUCUUUUUGAUGUUCAAAACUGACACAAAUAAGUGAACCUAAUUAAAAAUUUAUUGAAAUUUCUUGUGAUUUACUUAUUUGAUUUAAUAAAAAAAUUAAUAAGUUUAUUGAAAAUACAUUAUUCUGAUAAGAUUCACAAGUUCAUCCAUAGAUAAUGAUAAAUUUAAAUACCAACCUUUUAUCAGUGAAGAUGAGAUGUUUUGGCUGAUUUUGCUUUUUUUUGUUGUUAUUAUUCAAUUUAAUAUCCAGCGUUUUUCCGCAAUUUUUUUUCUGUCGACCGCGGAAAUACGUUGGGUUCAAAAAGUCUGCCAAAUGUGAUUUAAGUUGGUCUUGUAGCGGGUAGUGGCGUUAGUAUCGAUCUGACGUCAUCGCGUUGCCAGUGUUGCACCACAGAAUCGAAAACUCUCACCUUGGUUUAUUUUAUUUCUCUAUGUACAGUACCUAACCAAUCCCCAUAGAAAUUUUGUAGCCAGUAUAGAAACAUAGAGUGAUAGUUGUCCAAAAAAUAAUAUGCCAAAAUAACUUAAUAGUUUUAUAUCGUUAGUAGUCAAUAGAAUGUUAGAUUGUGUAUUUAAUAGUUAACAUUUUCGUACAUUUACACUAAAACCUGUUUGUUACUGAAUGUAUUUGUUCUCUUGUUACCUACUUUUUAAAAUUAAUACGGUAUAUUGUCGGCCUUUGUCAUUUAUAUCAUUAAAAAAUAAGUACUAUUCUUAGUAAAAAGUUAAACAAAAGGCACAUAAGUACAGCAAAGGAACGCGUUUGCUCGCCUUCGCUAGAAUUCGCAGUAGGCGGUAUGGAAUUCGUUUGCUGUAUGUGUACAUACAAGCCUUGAAGUAGUGAAAUUUUUUUGAAAUUGUGGGAUUGUGCAAUAUGAUGGUCCGUUCACAUACAGCAAACAAAGUCAAACCAACUUCUACAAACGAAUUGUGGGGUUAUUGAUAAUCAUGAUUAAUUAUGAAAGAAUACAAACAAAUGCAUACAAAGGCGCAACAAGAUCGUUUUCUUUCGCCAAAAGGAAAUUAUGAAUGCUUGUGAAAGCCUGAUCACAGCCAAAAAAAAGUUAGAUAGAAUGAAAUUAUCGAGCUCAUGACAAGAGUUCCUGCCUCGGUUCCUGCUAUUACUUACGUCAUUGUUUAUCCAAAAAAUCAACGACUUUCCUUCGCAUUUGUUGGUGAAUGCAGCGAAGCAAACUCUUUCGUACCGCUACGCCGAACAAGCGACUUCCUCUACUGAAUGUGUACAUACCUAAACUAAGGGCCGGUUUAUUCAUCUUCUGAUAAACUGUCAGGUAAUGUAAUCUGCUGGAUAAAAACGCAGUCUGUAAUCCCAUUGGUCGGCCAGUUAUCCGCCAACCAAUAUGAUUACGAAUCGGUAAAUUUAUCUUGCCAGUAGUUACCAGCAAGUUUAUCUGAAGAUGGAUAAAAUGGGCCUGAUUCGUCAUUGAUUUUUUCCAAUAAUAUACUUAAGCGUACCUUCAUAAGGCGUCUAUUUGAAAACUUUUCAUCUCUAUUGUCUUUAUGUUCGAAGAUAAUUUUUACUUGAAAAUUGACUCCCUUUCGAAUUUCCUGCAGUUCAAAGCCACCUCAGCGAAAAUCUUAUACCCCGAUACAAAUAUUUUAAGGAACGUUUUAUUCCCUAUUUUUAUAUGGUUGUGCCUUUUUCAGUAUUUUUUUCAGGGAGGUAGGUGUUACUCAAAAAUAAAAUUCAAACCAAAUUUUGGAUUUGCAACCAUUUUGUAGUUAUUUUAUCAUGAUUAAAGUUAUAAUAUUUAAACAAUAAACAAUUGAACAACGUUUCUUGUUUUGGAGGCUUGCAAAUGGAUAGUAACAUUUCAUAAGAUUCCAAGCAUUUGCAUCCUUGUUUGAAACUUUCGCAUUUUCCCAACCUUCUCUUGCUCGCUCUCUUGUUGGAAAAAAAAAUAUAUUAAUUUAUUGAGACAUCAUCAUGCUCAUGAUAUAUAGACCGGACCAACCUACUAGACACAUAAGACGAAUUAGCUUGUAUCCGGUUUAGGCGAGUCGAGGCGGUGCUGCCAAAGCCGUGUAUAGCCGAGCUGCCGAAGAUGCACGAAUUUUAAUAACAAGCAGGGACGAUCAAUGAUCCACCGUGACGAUCCUGCAGUCAACUGCUCCUAUUGAAGCCUAUGUGUCUAGUCCUGCCUGAAUAUUAUAAAUGGGCUUCUGUUCUGAACAUUUGUUGUCCUAGAGUUAUUGUUAGAUAAUAGGUCAAUUGGAAGUUCAUUUUCAACAUAGUUGCGUACUUAGAAUUGAAUUCCAAAUUCAUAAACAUCUUUCAAGCAUUCUCAGUCUUGUGUCAAAAUUUGACAACUUCAUAUUUUCACCUAACUUUGGUUGACUGGUUUAUUAGGUACUGUCUGUUCAAGAUAUGAUCAAGAGGCUGAAGAAUCUGAAGAAUCCACAUAAUUGUCACGGGCAGGGUCUGUUCUUUAUAAUUCUACGGCUUCUACAACUUAAACAAAAAAAUUUAAAAAAAAAUAAAAGUUAAAUACAAAAGUUGUAGGGUUUUAUCUCUAUUAUCUUUCGUACACGUCAAAAGGGCAAAUACGGGUGCCAACUGACCUAAGAAACCACUACGGUUCUAUGGCUACCAAAAAUCCACAAAAUUGAUGCGCUGAUAGUAAGUGAACCCGAGCUACGUACAGUUUGUAGUGCUGCUUCAAACUCAUGUAGUUUCAGCAUCCCUAACCACCAAAGUCUGGCUGAUGGAAUCACUGCAUUUUCCAACCAAAAUAUUUUCAAAUGAUAUUGUCAAGCCUUUACGGGCUUGCCUGACAGGCAGUAUUCUUCUAUGAAAUGGUGAGUUUUACGAACAAACAAUAAACAGAGGGCGUGGCUAUGGAAACCUCACUUAGCUCUGUAACGGGGUCAGCUGAACCACACAUGGUACAUUUGGAAUCGGAAGAAAAAAAUUAUAUUUUUCUAGCCAAAAAUAUACAGGUUGUUCCAUUUAAAUAAAAGCAUAUGUUUGUCAUUAUGACAAUUGGCACCUGUCAUUGGCCCGUUUGACAUGUGCAAAAGAUAAUAGAGAUAACCCUACAACUUUUACAUUUGAAUUUAUUUUUUCAUAUUUUUCUGUUUAAGUUGUAGAAGCCGCCCUUAUUAUAAGAAACAGACCCUGUACAUGCACGAAAAAAACACCCGUUCAAAAAUUGUUAAUACAAGUGUUUAUUUGACAUGAUUUAAUUUAUUUGAGUUAAUUUUCCUCAAACAAUCAAUAUCUACCUAUAUGCUUAUAGUUUUUUUUUCAUUUGAAAUAGAUCUUAAUAAUUUUGAUCCAAAUGUCUCUUAUUAUUUACCAAAUACAUAUUUCAACUAUCUUCAAGGAAAUCUGUACCUACUUUAAUAUUAUCCAUUACUGUUGUUGCCGAAGUAUUAUCUAUUUUCCCCACUUGUGCCGCAUCGAGGGCUAUUCUGGCCGGAGAGUAUGCAUUAUUCGUUGGAUGACAUUGGAUUGAGUAGAAGCGUAAAAGUAAACCUUUUCGCUCCUCGCGGAGAGUGAGGUUUUUUCGAAAAUUUCCAAUAAACGAGAUAGUAGGGGUGACAGCUAUCAAAUUGACACAUUUUAUUUUAUAUAUGUCAGGGUGAUUUUGGAUCUCUGCAAUAAAUUUGAAUGUUUUACUAACAAGAUGUUGUUCGUUGUUUCUGUUUUGCAUUAUACAAUAAGGCAUACCUGCACUUUUAUGUUUUAUGUGACCUUCAACCAAAAAUACCCAGCUACCUAAAUAUUUUUUUGGAAAUUUCACAUUGGUAAUAACAUUCGAUCCAUCCUAUGUUGGUAAAUUUGUUCAAUUAGGAUGUAUUGUAGUAUACGUACUUGUGUCUCGUGUCCAUUUUAAAAGAAAAUAUUUGAAAUAAGUAACAAUGAAUAUGAUUUUAUUUACAGAGCAAAUGCCAAUAAGUACCUAGACCUAGACAAAAAUUGAUGCAAGCAGUAGGUAAUCCUAAGGUACCUGUUUAAAAGUCCUUAUUUUGUAAAGAAUGAAAUUGAUGAGAAAAGCUUGAAACAAAAUUUGCUUGGUAUUCAGGUUGAAUUUUUCCGAGGUUAAUGUGCCAAACAGCUCUUGAAAUGCUAACUGAAAUGCCAUUAUUUUUUUUUUUUCAAUUUUUAUCAUUUAUUUACUCUUUGUACUCUAAUUUUAGACAAGUUAGUGCAACAAGUAGAUAUAUAUUUAUAUUCUAUCAUUUUCAACUUAUUUUAUUUUGUAUUUAUUGAAAUAUGAAAUUUUAAGUAAGUAUCUAGUAGGUGGGUGAACCUAGAUUAUACAUCAUUAAUGUCUUUAAUGAUAAUGAUAACUGAUGGUUACGAAACCAGUACUUAAUCCUAGUGAUAAUUCAAUAAUGAUUAAAUGGUAGCUGCUAUUUUAAUAGUCCAAAUAUAAGGCUAACUUUUCGAUGUAUCAUUCUCAUGGCCCAAUUAGUAUUGUUUUUCUCAUAAUAUCUCUUGUGCGAUGUAUUUUUCCAACUUUCUAUCCUUCUCGUUUAAGCGUACUUACUGCUUGCCCCUGAUAUUUGACUUUCAACCGAUAAAAGUCUAACAACUCAACUUUUUUAAUCAGUUACAUUCUAAGAUAAUGAGGAUCGUUUUAAACAAACCACCUAGUAUAGUUGGUCAUUUGUUUUUAACUUCUCUCGAAUAAUUUAGGGAAGUGAUUUGUCUAUUUUGACAUGCUUUCAAAUGGAAAUUAUUUUUCCUGUUCAUUGAAAUAUUUUUUUUUAACAUGGACACUGUAUUGUCAAAAUUUUUGUAUAAAUUGGCUGACUAAUGACUGAUGAUGUCGUCAUUGGAAUUAAAAUUUCUCAAAUCAACAUAUCGGAUAGUUUGUAAAAUUAUUGUUACUUCGUUUUAAUUUCCUUGUUAUUAAAUUGUUGAAAAAAGUAUCAAGAUGUGCGACAUCGUGUAGAAAAAUUAAAUGACAUUUUUCUGAAAUUUAUAUUCAUUUAGGUUUUUAUAAGCUACUAAAUAUAUUUUGUCAUAAUUUGGUUGAUAAUAUUAUUUAGCAGGUACCUACUUAUGUUCAAUAGGUAUACCUCUAUCUAAUAUAAUGUUUUUUAAAUUACUUUGAUUAAUUAACAUUGCAUUAGAAUGUGCACCUGUUUAUGUGUUUAACACCUGAAUUUAUUUUUCA